AGACACCAGAGAGAGAGAGAGGGAGGUGCAGUCAUCGUAUUGUAUUACUUACCACCACACAGUAUAGUACAAUCUUUCUCUCUCAGAGCAAGAGAGAGAGAGGGAGGUAUGAUCAGAACCAUUAGUUUUUAGCCAUGUACAGCAGAUUCUGCAGCCCAAAUGGUCAAUAAAUAUACCUGCUACUAAUGCUACAAUGGGAGGGAUCUAAAAGACUAAACAAACCAACCUCCCUCCUUAACCUCCCUUCCCUUUCUUUUUCGUUUGGCCUUUUCUGCUCUAUCUGUUUUCUUCUCUUUCAUGGGUUUUUCUCAUUCUUCCUCCGCAGUGAUGAGUAGUGGAAGAAAUUACAGGUUCCCUUUCACUGAUUCCCAGUGGCAAGAACUUGAGCACCAAGCUCUCAUCUUGAAGUACAUAAUAUCUGGCACACCCAUCCCUCCUGAUCUCAUCUUCACAGUCAAGACAAGCUUGGAGUCCUCCCUCUCCUCAAACUUCAUCUUUCAACAACCUCAACCCAUGGGGUGGAACUGUUACCCGGUGGGUUUAGGGAGGAAAAUCGAUCCAGAGCCAGGGAGGUGCAGGAGAACAGAUGGGAAGAAGUGGAGGUGCUCAAAGGAAGCGUAUCCAGAUUCCAAGUACUGUGAGAGACACAUGCACAGAGGCAGAAACCGUUCAAGAAAGCCUGUGGAAGCUAUGCCAACAACAACUUCAACUUCAACCACUUCAACCAUCAAUCACCUGUUAGAAACUCCAACUUCUACAGCAACACCCAUCUCAUCAUCAAUCUCCCCAAACCCUUCCACCCACCACCAUAGCCACCCUGGUUAUCAUCCUAUUUCUCAUCUCCACCACCACCCUUUCCCUUAUCCCUAUUCAUCUUCUUCCUCAAGGCCUCAUCUGGUUGAUUUUUCCCCUCAAGAAGGCGCCGCCACUAAACCAGACAAAGAUUACUACUGCAGAAAAAGCAGGAGUGGAGGUGGGAUGAAAGAGGGGCCUGGUUCUUCAACGGAAGGUGCUUGGCAGCUGACACCAUUGGUCAUGAAUAAUUCUUCACUGGCCCAUCUGAAAGGGAGGGCUUGGUCUGAUUCACAGAAUGGGUACCCUUUCUUGCAGCUCCAAGGAUUCAGUGAUGAUCAUGGCUCAAAACAAGAGCAAGAGCAGCAUUUCAGUCUACUGGGUGGUGGUGAGGAUGAUAGACCCCAUAAAGUAAUGCACCAUUUCAUCGAUGAAUGGCCCAAGAACAAGGAUUCGUGGGCUGAUUCUGAGGACAAGUCUUCAAGCUAUGUGCCGGUUCUAACUACCCAGCUCUCAAUUUCCAUACCAAGCUCUUCCUCACAUGACUUCUUCCUGACCCAAAGUGGUGAUUGAUAAAUGGCUUUUUGUGUGGUGGGUUUCUGAACCAAAAGCCAGACGAGUACUUGCAGCAGAGCAAGGCGGUGGGUCAUUCGUUGCUUUUUCUCCUCUUGCUGUCCAUAUACGUGUGAUAUAUAUAUAUAUAUGUAUAUUCACUUCUGUAUGGGGGCGUGGAAAGCUUAAAAAACUGCUCUUUUACUUU